CGCGAACGGCGUCAGUUGUGCGAAGAAAGCCACGCGCUACGGAUUAUUAAGAGAAAAUCUCAAUUCAUAUAUUUUUUCUUUUGAACAUUAAAAUAGAAAUUUCAACUCAACAGUUAUGAAUUUUAAUUUGCUGGCAUUGCUAUUUGUGCUCUGCACAACUCUUCAAGCAAGUGGCGUGCAUGGCCAGUUCUGGAAGCUAAAUAGUCCGAGUGACAGAGAUAUUUUCAUUUUGGAAACCAAAUCUCUAAUGGCGUCCGGCAUAUGCUACAAGGAAGUGCUUGGCGAGGCCAUCGAACCCUCAUUAAAGCUGCAAACAAUCUCAUAUUGCUGUCCAGGCUACCGACGCGAUCUCCAGUCGUCGGCCAUGCAUUGUGAGCCUAUCUGCACGGAGGAUUGCACAAACGGCAUCUGCACGGCGCCGGACGUCUGUGAAUGCUAUCCCGGCUACACGCGUGCCGGCGGACGCUGCGAGGAGCUCUGAACUGAGACAACAGUUAUUUUUAGUAUUAAUUUGAAAAUAAAGGUAAAGAUUUUAAGACGAAA